AUGGCUGGGGUAAAGCUGCACUACUUCAAUGGGCGAGGGAAAAUGGAGUCAAUUCGUUGGUUGCUUGCGGCUGCAGAGGUGGAGUUCGAUGAGUGCCAUCUGACCACUCGGGACCAGUACCUCAAAAUGGUAAACGACAGAGACCUCAUGUUUCAGCAGGUGCCCAUGGUGGAAAUAGACGGAAUGAAACUUGUCCAGACAAAGGCCAUCUUGAAUUACAUUGCCGAAAAGUACAAACUGCAUGGAAACGAUAUCAAAGAAAGAGUCAAGAUCAACAUGUAUGUGGAAGGACUGAUGGACCUCAUGGAAAUGAUCAUGAUGCUGCCCUUCACCAAAGAGCCCAAAUUGGACAACAUUGAAAAAAAAGCAAAAGAGCGCUACUUACCCGUGUUUGAAGAGCAAUUAAAGACUGGCGUUCACCUGGUGGGAGGUCGAAUGACCGUUGCGGAUGUACUGCUCCUGGAAUGCACGCUCAUGCUGGAGGAGUUGUUUCCGGAGAUACUGAAAAAUUUUCGUAGCGUCAAGGACUUUCAGGAUCGCAUGCAGAAAGAGCCUGCCAUUUCUCGAUUCCUGCAGCCAGGAAGCAAGAGGAAGCCUCGGCCUGAUGACGGUUACGUAAAAACGGUCAUGGAGGUCUUUGACUUAAAAUAG